GACAACGUUUAACGCUCACUUUCAAUCGUUCGUGCUUCUAUAACCACUAUCGUACAACACAACACUCGCGUUGCAUACACUUCUGCAGAGACAUUCUCAUCAGUUUAAUAUGCUAUUUACCGAGGGACUGGACUCCCACUGAGGCACCCUAGUAGCGCAACAACAACGACGGUACAUCAAGCGACCCAGCAGCGACAACUUCAGAUGGCGACGCGAUCUCGAGCGAGCUCUGUCGGUCAUGACGCUCCGCACAAACCCUUGACAGGAUCAGAACUCGGGAGGUCAAGUGUGCCAAUGUGGGACAGCUCCGACCCCGAUCGCGCGCCGCCGCCACUUCCUCUGAAUCCCAGCACAAAUGGAAGCCCGACAGUCAAGCCCAACACGUCUGCAGGUAUUGCCGCAGCUGCUAGGCAGUUUGUCGAAAAGGCUCGCGAAAGCGCACCAAUCUCUGCAUAUACUACCAAUCAGACACCGCAGGCCUCACCAGAGCGCUCUCUGAUUAAAGGAGCACAUCACAAGCGAAUGCAGUCGCUACAGACUGGCAGCGUGAAGGAUCUACGGAGUUAUCUUGACAACAACAGAUCUCCUGAGCGCUCGCCCGAGCGCCCAAGUUCACGAACAAGUUUUUUGACGUACGGCCGACAUGCAAGCGCGGAAGAUCUUUCCACUACUCCAGAGCGGGCGACAACUCCAACACCCAGCUCAAGAGAUGUAUUGAAAGAGGCAGCAGCACUUCGGCAAUCAGUGAAAUCGGGUCCGCGCGCGAUUUUGGGGGAGAACACACCACCAUCGGCGACUAUGCUUGCCCUACAGACUAUGCAAGUACCAGAGCUGCCUCUGCACGAUGUCACAAAUGGACCGUCCAGUGCAUCUACAACGCCUCGGGCACACAACACAUAUGACUUUUCCAGUCAACUACUAAACCUCACAAGUAUCGCAACCAAUCUCCAAAAAGAGAUGGCGCAGCUGAGCAGGCGCAGCAAGGACAACGCAACGGAUCUCAUUAGUCUCAAGGAAGCUACUAACGCCCGCGACGAAGAUAUUCGAAAGAGUCUGCGUGAGCUCGCAACCUCAGUGAACACGACCCAAGUCCUGCUCGGGCCUCCUCCAGUACUUCCGACGGCGAGACGAGCCAGCGCUUACGGAGGAAGCGUACUAGACAGCAAGGUCUUCAGCUCGCCGGACAGCACCGCGAAGGGCUUCUCUAUGCCGAGAUCCCAGAGUGCGCACGGGUUUAUGGACGAGCCCAGAUGUGGUUCUCCUUCGCCGUACUCUGUCGAAGGCGCAGCCAGCGUGGCCAUGCUCGAGAAGAUUAUCCGCGAGAUGGUGACCAAGGAGGGUCAAGAGCGACUUCUGACAAAUCUAGCCGAGUUGUUGGAGAAGAGUCGUGAGGAAAAUGUUGAGGCUGCCAGGAAAGUCGAACAACUAGCAGAUUUCAUCAAAGACAAAUCCGAGUCACAUGCACAAGCUUUGAUUCAUGUUCGAUCUCCAGGAGAUGGAAUUUUCGAUUCUCCAAGAGACGCCAGCAAGGGAGGGUUUGCAAAUCCAGGUUCACCGAAUCCGAUGGUGGGCGACGAUGUCAUGAAACUACUUCAGCGUAUCAAAGACUCCGUUACAAAUGCAGGAGGCAUGACUUCAGAAGUAAAGGGCCUUGUUCGCGACAUGCGUGGCGAGGUUCUCGGCACAGGCAGAGACUUGGGACAGAAAUUGGACCGCCUGCUAGAGCAGCACCUCAACAAGGAUCUUGACAGAUCAAUCGCAGAGGGCCAGAACUCGCAAACCGCAGAAGAGGUGCAUCAAAUAGUAGAAGAAGGCAUCACGGAUCUCAAAGCACACCUAUCACAAAUGCUCCAGCAAAAGGCGCAGCAGGACGACGACACCUUCCGACAAUUGUCGACGAUCCGAUCUGGACCCAAUGGCGACGAAAUCCUAUCUGCAGUGCAGCACGCUCUCGUAGAACACAGCCGAGCUAUGGAUUCUCAACGCGACGAGAAAGACGAACGCGACGGGUUCGACCGCCAAGCAGUACUGGACGCAGUCAAGGAAGGCCUCAAGGACUUUGAGCCGAACAUCGAGCUUCAACAAUUUGGACUUGAACGUGACGAGGUGCUUGCUGUACUUAAGGAAGGUCUUGAAGGAUAUCAGAACGAGCGCGCUGAAUCUGUGGCAAAUGGCGGAAUUGACAAAGGAGAGAUUUAUGAAGUCAUGCAGGAGGCAUUGAAGGAUUUCCAGGCUCCGGUUCCUGCUGAUCAAAUCAAUCAAUUGCGAGAGGAGCUUCUCGACAACGUCCGUUCCGCGCUGACCGAAUUCCAACCCUCAAGCGCUCAUGUCGACCAUGAGGCGAUGCACGCAGCUGUUCUUGAAGCUAUCCGAGAAGGCCUCACUAAUCAACCCCAGCCUCCCCCACGUGAGAUCGAAAUUUCACGAGACGACUUGUUCGAUGCGGUGAAAGCAAGUCUUGACGGGACUACCAUUCCCUUCAACAGCUUUGGCGAACAAGUCCUUCAACAGCUCCAGGAAUUGGUCGACGGCAUGCGUGUUGAAUUUAAACAAUACUCUGCCGCCAAUGGCCGUGACACCGAGCAGGUCUUGGAUGCGGUCAAGGACGGCCUCGAGAGUUUGCGGGCUGAGAUCGAGACUUACGUCGAUCGUGCUCAAGAUGUUACUGGCCGCGAUGAGAUUGUCGACAGUCUGAAGCACGGUCUCGAACAGCUUCGUGUGGACGUUCAAGGUUAUUGUCUGCAAGGUCCCGCUCAGGACGGAAACGCUGAGAUGCUGGAGUAUAUCAAGUCAGAGUUUGAGCAGCUCCACAAUGCAGUCGCCGACAAUGAUCGCUCAACUUCUCGUGGAUUCGAAGGCGCACACCCAGAUCAUGUCGCCGACAUUCUACACGCAAUCACAAGCGGUGUCGACGCAAUCAAAGGGCACACUGAUUCUCGAAGCGUCGAUCGCAGCAUAGAUGAUCCGUCACUCGAGGAAUUAAAUGAUGCGAUGCGACACGAAUUUGAGGAGCUCAAGGGAAUCAUCCUCCAAGCACAUGCUUCAGACAAGAAUGAACUCCUCGAAACCAUUCAGGACAGCAUUGGUGCACUUCACAGCAAGCUCAACGGCAGCGAGGUCGGGUCUCUGUAUGGUGGCGGCGCCUCCAGCGAAAUUGUAGGGACUAUCCAGCAGGAGCUUGCCGAGCUGAAGGAGAGCAUUCACAGCAUGCUCAGCGAUUCCGAUUCAGGCGCAAUUGUGGGUGGCGUGAAGACUUCCCUGGACGAGCUUCGCAGCCAAAUUGCUGCAGACCAAAGCGAUGCGUCUGCGAACAUGAUCGGUGCUCUCAAGGAGGAAUUGGAGCGCUUCAGCGAAUCACUUGGGUCCGCAUUGGUUCCCGGUCAGAAUUCUGGUGACCACCGGGAAGCCUUGGACGCCAUUCAUGCAAGCAUCCGCGAUAUGAAAGACACUGCAGCGACACAGGGUCAGGGUGGCAUCAGCAAUGAGCAGCUCGAGGCCAUAAGAGGCGAGUUUGUCAAUCUUCGGAGUUCACUCGCCAGCGGAGCUUUCCUCGCUGGAUCGAACGAGGAGGUACUCGAUGCCGUUCGACUAGGCCUCGAUGACCUGCGUUCACACCUCGAGAAGAAACUCGAUAACCCUGAGACUGCCAUGAAUCACCAGCGCGAGGUACUCGAUACUCUCCAUGAUGGACUUGAGGGUUUGCGCAGCGACAUUACCAAGUUGGAGAAGCCAAUGGACAUGACUAUCAACUACCAAAUUCUAGACACCCUGAAGGAAGGUCUUUCUGAUCUUCGUGCAGGGGUGGCUAAGCUGUUGCUGUCGGAAGUCCGAUCCCGACCCUCGACGGCGACUGGUCCAGGAGGAAUGAUCCUGCUUGCCGAGUCCACAGAUGUGGCCGGGACUCGCGAGGUUCCUCAUGGAGCACCUCCCGCAGGCGGUGAUAGCAUCAAGCAAGCUGGCAUCGAGAAAGUCGAAGUUUUACUCGCCCAGCUGCAAAUCAAAAUCGAAGCCAUGGACCACACUAUCCAAGACAUGCAAGAAUCUCAACCAGCUGCUGCCGGCGCAUCAGAAGCGAGUGUUAAGGAUGACCUCAACUCCAUUUCCCUCAUGAUCAAGGACUUGCAGGACAGCGUUGCAACUUCCGGUGCUCGUGCUGCUGAACCAGCUCCCGAGGGUGUGGCACGGAAGGAGGACACUGAUGCGAUCGAAACCCUUCUCCGUAAUACCAAAGCACAGCUCGAUGAAUUAGCUGCAAAGGAUCCAGCCGCCGAUGGCAUCAACCGAGACCAUGUCGAUGAGAUUCAAGCCGUCGUCAAAAUCACCAACGAUGCCAUUGAAUCUCUGACCGAGAAGAUCGAAAGCUCCACCGCUUCGAAGACUGACGUCGCUGUCGUGGAACUUCUCGCGCAAGAUCUCAAAGCCGCAAUUGAGGAUGUCAAGGCCGCCCUGGGUACACAAGCGUCCGAUGCUGAGAAGCCCGAGACAAUGACAAAGGCUGAUCUGGAUGUGUUGGGUGUUCUGAUUAUUGAGAUCAAGUCCAUGAUAGCCGAGAUAUCCAACCCUGAUCGCGACAACGCGCCCUCCAAAGCCGAUAUGGAUCGCAUGAUUCUCAUGUUGGCCGACUUCCGGGAGAGCCACGACAAGCUUCGAGAUAGCUACGAGAUGGACGUUGCUGUCACCGCAAAGGCCUUCGACGAUCGCAAGCGAGAGUACGACGAUACUCUAUUGCAGAUUGGAGCCAUGAAAGACACUAUGGACCUGAUCAAGGCUGAAUUGCUUGAGAAGCUGGCGGACGGUGAGGUUGGCAUCAAUACUCUUGGUGUCGCAAUGAAGUCCAUCGAAGCGAAUACCAGCAACGAUCAAGUCAUCACUGAUGUCAAGGAAAUUCUUGACAGAAUCCGGGACGAAUUCGAGCGCAGUCACAGCUCACUGGAAACCAUCAAGACUGAUAAUGCACAGAUUGCUGAGUCGGCUUUUGAAGUUCAGACUAAGCACAAGGAAGAAGUGGUGUCUCAAUUGUCCUCAAAGCUUGACGGGCUGUUCGAUGGCCUCCUGGCGAAAUACGACGAAGCUCAACGUGCUGCUGAGGAGAAGGCCAAGGUCAUGGAAGACAAGGCCGCAGAACAAGAGCAGCUGAUGAACGUCACAAAGAUCAUGGCCGACGACCUCAAGCUGUCCAUUGACACUUUAGGAACCACUCUGAGUGCAUUCAUGGGCGACCUACCAGCGACUGUCGAGAAGAUGGCAGAAGAGUCCAAGACCGUGUUCGCGCAAGCCGAACAGACUCAUCAGACUCUGCAAGAGACUGCAGAACAUCUCCGAGGGGAGAAUUCCAUGACACACGACCAACUCGCAAAGCUCAUGGCUGCCGUAGACAAUGUACAGGGUGACCUCACUGAGAACCACCCUCGCUUCAUGGUCACGCUUGAAGAAGUCCGCGCGCUGAUCACCCAACACUACGCACACUCUCAGAAGUCGUCGGAGACCACAGAAGAGCAUGUUCGUGCCGUCAAAGAUCUCCAAGAGGCAUUGAAGACCGGUUUCGAGGAAUCACGUUUGCAUACUGAAGGUUUGAAGAGUCAACAGGAGGAGCUGAGAACAACACUUCCCGCUCUCAUGCCACCUCCGAUCGAGAUUCCACGUAGCGUCGAAUACGACGACAGUGCCGUUCACACCAAGCUUGAUCAACUCAUGGGUCACGUUGAAGAGACUGCAAAGCGCACAACACAGAUCCAACGAUUAGACGAGAUUCACGAAAAGGUCAUGGCCACAGCCGCAGAGGUCUCCGCAUUCGUCGCCGCACAGAACAAGCAAAUCACCAUCGAUCACGAAAGCAAACAGAAAGAGGCUGAGGAGCUUGGUCUUAUCCUCGAGCGUCGUCUUGAGAGGAAGGAUCAGCUCGAGGCCGAUAUCACUGUGCUGAACGAGGAGAAGGAGUCUUUGCAACAUGCAGUCGAAGCUCUCAGGGCUGAGAAAGAAGCUCUCACUGCCCAGAAAUCGCGACUCAACGCAGAUGUCUCCUCUAUGGAGACGGCUCUUAAUAUUCGCCGUGACGAACUGCACGAGAUGGAUGCCAAAGCUCACGCCAUCGAGCGCCGAAUGCUUGAAGGUGUUAUGAACCAGUCUCGCAUGCUGCUUCUAGCAAAGAGUACGACCAAGCCCCCCUCGCCGAAGAAAAAGUCACAAGGUCGCGAUCUGCGCAUUCCCAGUGAUGGCUCCGCGAUGUCAGCGCACACCGUCACUUCAUCCGUGCCCAGCAUCCUCAAGAAUGGUCACAACCUUGCCAUGAAGUCGGCUCGCCCAACAGCACAGCGUAAUGGCGGCGUGGCGAACACUACGGAGAGACGGAUCGUGUCACUUAACCAGAUUAGCCACAACAGCCCACCGCCCGCUGCUCCUUACGGUAAGCCUAGCCUUGUCACUAUCAGCGGUAAUGGAAGCACGGCGAAUGUGAAGCGUAGCCACUCUGUCAAGACUGCAAGCUUCAACCGCAAGCAUUCAUGGGCCCCCAACAGCAAGAGAAACGUCAGCAUCACCUCUUCCGUUUUGAACAAGGAGAACGAGGAUGGGACCCUGUCCGAGGGCGAAGAAGAUGAUUACUCCGAGGUCCGCACCGAGAACAAUCUUGCCGACAACCACGAAUCACACCACCGCUCCCGCCACAGUGUCGCCGGAACCGACGUCACUCACGACAGCAUGACCUACGCGACCGGAUCCUACAUCUCCGAAGACUACGACGACAACGAUCGCGAGACCCACGAUGACGACUACGUCGACGAGGACGAUGAUUCCCGUCACCAUGGUGACUCGGAGCGUCGCACCAGCUACGAUACCUAUGACAGUCGUGGCACGGGCAGUUACCUUUCGCAAGCAGACCUCGAUCGACAGCCUAGCACAAGCAGUUCAGCCAAGUGCACCGUCGGCACGACCACGACACACGAGCAGAGGGAUUUUGGCUUGACGAACAGUGAUUUGCAGCCUCCCCCAAGGUUCACGGAAGGUGGUCUCGUGAAGUAUGCUCCUCCCAGCGAUAGUGGACUUGGGACAGAUUUACCUUCAGGGAGUGGAGCAGAGGAGGAGUAUUUCGUAAGGCGGUGAUCUUCCGACGUUGAAAGAAGUGGAGGAUGUGUGAGGCUUGUCGAUGAUUGAGCUUUCUUACUUUCGAUUGUUUGAUAUUUUUCGAAGCGUAUUGUUUGGAUGGUUCCGGCGAACAUGGAUCGUAUUGAAAUUUUAUGUGUUUUGAUUGAUUCGACUUUCACUUUGGCAAUCUGGAUGGUCGCACGAAUGUGAUGAGUUCUACUUGAGCAUAAUGAAUACAAUUUCGCUUGAAAUCCUUCC